UUUUAAAUCACUGACUAAUUAGAUCGUACGUGAAGGUCAUUUAUGCUGGUGAUUUAUGGCUGAAUCGGACAAGCUAAAUAUCGACAGUUUGAUAUCGAGGCUUUUAGAAGUCCGUGGGUCUCGUCCUGGGAAGAAUGUGCAAUUAUCCGAAGCAGAAAUAAGGGGCCUAGCUCUGAAGUCAAGGGAAAUUUUCCUUCGACAGCCCAUUCUGCUGGAACUCGAGGCACCACUUAAGAUUUGUGGCGAUAUUCACGGACAGUAUUAUGACCUCCUCCGUUUGUUCGAGUAUGGAGGCUUCCCACCAGAUGCGAAUUAUUUAUUCUUGGGUGACUACGUUGAUCGUGGCAAACAAUCCCUCGAGACAAUUUGUCUUUUACUGGCUUAUAAAAUAAAAUAUCCCGAAAACUUUUUCCUUCUCCGUGGAAAUCAUGAGUGCGCAUCAAUCAAUCGCAUAUACGGCUUUUACGACGAAUGCAAGCGGAGGUACAACAUAAAGUUAUGGAAGACGUUCACUGAUUGCUUCAACUGCUUGCCAAUAGUCGCCAUAGUGGAUGAAAAAAUCUUUUGUUGCCAUGGUGGCCUCUCCCCUGACCUCCACUCCAUGGAGCAAAUCCGUAGAAUUAUGCGCCCAACCGAUGUCCCGGAACAAGGUUUACUGUGUGACCUACUUUGGUCCGAUCCGGAUAAAGACAUUACUGGAUGGGGAGAGAAUGACCGUGGUGUGAGUUAUACGUUUGGUGCAGAUAUUGUCACCAAGUUCCUUCACAGUCACGAGUUAGACCUCAUCUGCAGAGCACAUCAGGUCGUCGAAGAUGGUUACGAGUUUUUUGCCAAACGCCAGCUCGUAACUCUAUUUUCUGCUCCAAACUAUUGUGGAGAAUUCGACAACGCAGGGGCUAUGAUGUCUGUUGACGAAACCCUUACUUGUUCCUUUCAGAUAUUAAAACCCGCAGAUAAGAAAAAGUUCAACUUUCGAUCUCUCAAUUCCGGAUGGCCUGUUACUCCUCCAAGAAACUCUAAACUCGAAGACAAAUGAAUUUCCACCAUAUCAUUGUACUAAUUUCCAGGGUCCGUGAAAACAAUGCGAACCAGUAACUUGGUAAUGUUUUUUUAAAUGUACAGUUCUCAGACGUUAGAUAUUCAGCAACUUGAUGAAUAUAUGUUAUUUAUGUCCUUUAUUUACUUCACUCUUGCUACGUUAUGGUUAAGAUCUUAUAAUUUAAUGUUUUAAAUUUCAUGCUUUUCUCUACUUGCAAAUUUUAACGCACAAAAUCUCUAUGUUUUGCCUCCAUCUGGUUAUUUUCAACAUAAAAUAAUGUACAGACAUCUCUGCCCUAUUGUUAACUUAUGCUUAUCAUUGUACAAUAAUCUCCAUAUGUUGUAUUUGAAAAUGUAGGCACCGUAUUUUCAUUGUACUUACCUCAUUUUGUCAUCGAUUAGCUUUUCAUCGUUAUGCGCACCACAAACGUUUUCCUAUUAGUUCCAUUAAGAUGUCUGUAUAAAUACAAAUUAUGAAAUCUUA